AUGGACGUCUUCAAUCCUGAUGCAGAUGCGAACACAAGAAACACAGUUGUCAGAACGCGACGCGAUCUUAUCGUACCCACCAGAGAAGUGGAACUUACAGGCCGUCUACACUGUGACCUGUUUCUUCAAGACCGUAAUCUGCUGGAUGGUGUCCCUAUGAAACUGGAAUUGCUACGAAGUCCCGAUGAGUUCUUCUUCAUGUGUGCUGCUGAUGGUGUCUACAAAGCCGAAUUCUAUGUCCGUCAGCUCAACAUCGAUCCUGCUGUCCGAGAAACACACGUGUCCAGUCUGAACGCUGGGGUGACUGCCAAGUAUCCCCUUUCACGUGUGCAUGUGACUGCCCAUGACAUCCCAAGAGGCGGUAGGGUCUUUCACAAGGAUCACCUCAUCGGUGGCCAAUUACCAAAACGCGUGGUCCUGGGACUGGUGGACAAUAGUGCCUACGUAGGAAGCAAAGAGAAGAAUACGUACAACUUCAAACACAAUCAUGUCACCAUGAUGAAGCUCAAAGUCAACGGCCAGGAAGUCCAUGGCAUGGAAAUGAAAAGCGACUUCAGCAAUAACAGCGCCCAUUUGAAACAAGUCUACAUGAAUCUGUUCCGAAACACGGGACAGCUAUUGCGACCUGAGACCUCCGAACUGACUCCCAAGGCCUUUACUCAAGGUUACACCUUGUGGGUGGUGGAUCUCACCCCAGACCUUGGCGCUGAUGAAGGCAUCAACUACCCUCGACACACUGGCAAGUUGGGUUUGGAAAUCCAGUUUGGACAAGCUCUCGAGGACCCAGUCACCCUCAUCUGCUAUGAGGAAUACGAAAAUGUUCUGGAAAUAGAUCGUUUCCGGAAUGCGAUGAUGGUAUAA